AUGGAGGUUGAGAGCACUUGGUUUGGCCAAACUCAACAGCAAAGAAGGGAGCAGAAGAACCCAGGUUUCCUCACUUUUAAUCAGAAGCCUAAAGCUGUGCCUGGUGCAUGCUGGCUGCCAGAAAUCCCUAAUAAAAUAAACCGUGGUGAAGCCAAACAUCUUGCAGAUGCCUCAGGGUCAGACAAAACAGAAAGAACAACAAAGAGGUCAAGAGUAUCAACCAUAAGGCGGAUAUUUGACAUGGCAAAACAUCGAACAAAGAGAUCAUCCUUUUUUUCAACUGGUGUGAAAGUUUGCCCACAAGAAUCAGUGAAGCAGAUUUUAGCCAGUCACCAAGCUUACUAUAGAUUAAGAGUCUGCCAGGAAGCUGUGUGGGAAGCCUUUCGUAUUUUUCUGGAUCGGAUUCCUGAUACUUCUGAAUAUCAGAACUGGGUUACUGCCUGCCAGAGGGAAACCUUCUGCAUAUUCGACAUUGGCAAAAACUUCAGCAAUUCCCAAGAGCACCUGGAAAUAAUCCAACAGCGAGUAAAACAUAGAACCUUCCAGGAAAGGAAAGAUGAAAUAUCCACAGAGAAAACAGGUGGCAAAAAGCUGGAAGACAUUCCUUCCAUUUCUACAGGCUCCCCUGGCACAUCCCUCUCUCCAUAUGCACCAGUACCUAACGGCACGCUCCUCAACGAAAUUGUUAACGACACGAAGACUCCUGUGAAGGAGCUGGGAACAAAUACAGUCCCAGAACUACCUGUGGAGCAAAUGGUAGAGUUCAGUGUCACUCUCACUGAUCAGGAGUACACAGCUGAACUUAAUGAUCCCAACUCCCCACAGUACCGACAACUCGCUGCCAAAUUUCAGCUACAGAUGCAAAAAAUAUUUGAGAAACUUCCAGGAUUCAAAGAAAUCCAUGUAUUAGGAUUUAAACAGAAGAAGGAGAAAGAUGGAUCAAGCAGCACUAUAGCACGAUAUGUGGUAAACUUUGAGAGGGAUGGCUCAGAAAUCAAAAGCACAGAAGAUGAGAUCUCAACUAUUGGAUCUAAUAAGGUUGAAAAUGAAAAAAUUCCACUUUAUCCAAAGGAAGAGAGGGAGAUAUCAGCAACUAAAUUCACAGUCACAGACCUUCAGCAACUGGUUGCUAUAGCACUCCACGAAGACCAGUCCCUGCCAAUGGAUCUUGGAACUCUUCAGUUUACUGAUGAAUCUAUUAUACCACCUAGUGAUUUUGAUAAUGAUAUCCAGGCCAUGGUCACUAUUCCUCUGGCAGGCCCUGAUUUGGAGGACUCCAUGAGUGUGGAACUCCCACUAGGUUACCCCAGCCCAGCAACAGUGGACCAAACAGGAGGCAUCUUGGUCAGUGAAUUUACAACUGGAAUCCCUGUGCUAAGUGCCACUGAAGACUUUAAUAAUUUUGUUUCAUCUGAACCUGUGUUCCCUACCAAACCCUCCAGAGAACCAUUUCAGGACAAAUCUUCUCCAGACACAGAAGAUAUCACUACUGACCACCAAAGUUUCACAGUGCCUUUCAAUGCUCUGGUUAGCACUAGCAGUCCUCCAAAACCAGAGGCUUCCUAUUUGCCUCCUCCAGCAGAUGAUUCUGCUAGCAAUGACUUAUCCACCGAUGGCUAUGAGUCUCCAACGGAGCAGGCUACCACACUGGCAGUUUAUACCACAGGUAGCUUUACCCCACCUAGUCUCCUGCAAGCUGGAGAUGAGAAUAGCGAAGCUGAGGAGGAGAAAGAACUGACUGAUAUAACAGAAUCACCUUUCAAGGAAGCUGACCGAGGUAGUCUGUUUGGACAAGCAGUUAAGUUCAUGGAUGAACCAGAAUCAUCAGGCGAUGACAUUUUAGUUACAGCCAGCACUUACGAUACGUUGCCUUUCUUCAUUGGCUCACAUGAUCUCUCUACCACGCAGCCUGAAGAUGUUAUUACAGACGUGCUACCAUCAGACCAAAGAGCACCACUGCCUGCAGAAACCAGCCCAUCCUACAGCCACUCUCAGAUCAUCAAACAGUCCCUUGAAGUACCAGAUUCCUCGGUGCCCGCAUCUGAGAGCAUUCCUCCCGAUGGCACCGGGACAGGAGUGCAGGAUAUUGCUGCCAAGUUAGAUGACGGUGUGAUAAGCACAGCAGCACUGGAUGAAGUGGAGCAUGGCAGCGGUUAUAUCUCAGUGCUGACAGCUGAGCCUGCAGAAGCCACCCCAGCUCCUACGCUGAAGUAUGUAACUACCAGCUCCAUGACAACCGCAACCAAAGGCAAAGAGCUAGUGGUUUUCUUCAGCCUGAGGGUAACCAACAUGCACUUUUCUGAUGACCUCUUCAACAGGAGUUCGACAGAAUACAAAGCAUUAGAACAACAGUUCAUGCAAUUGCUACUUCCAUAUCUUCAGUCCAACCUUACAGGUUUUAAGCACCUGGAAAUACUUAACUUCAGGAACGGAAGUGUGAUUGUGAAUAGCAAAAUAAAAUUUGCCAGGACAGUGCCAUACAAUAUCACGGAAGCAGUACACUGCGUUUUGGAAGAUUUCUGUGAUGCUGCAGCCCAACACCUCAAUUUGGAGAUUGACAGCUAUUCCCUGGAUAUUGAGCCAGCUGAUCAGGCAGACCCAUGCAAAUUCAUGGCGUGUGACGAGUUUUCCAAAUGCAUAAUGAACGAGUGGACAAAAGAGGCUGACUGCCUUUGUAAACCUGGUUACGCAAGCCAAGACGGACUGCCCUGUCAGAGCCUGUGUGAGUUGGAACCCCAUCUUUGCGUCAAUGGUGGGAAAUGCGAGUUGGUUCCAGGAAGAGGAGCUGUCUGCAGGUCACCAGACCAGUUUACAAAGCCAAGACUGACAAGUUAG